AUGUUCAGAAGUCCUAAGAGAUCAAAACAAAAGCAAUCCCAACCUCAACCUCAACCUCCACCUCAACCUCAACCUCAACAACAGCCACAACAACAAUCUAGACUGCACCAUCAUCAUGUCCCUAAUCCUGCUCAUUUAUUUUCCCAUCCAUCAAGUCAUCGUCAACAAUCACCAUAUCCACCACCUGGACCGGGAUCACAGACAAACUCCGGUUACUCCACCCCUCAAAGAAACGGAAUGAGUCCGCUUCAAACUAAUGUAGCAAGAAUGGCUGGACCCAACUCUCCUGCUGGGAGCACCAAUUCUGAACAGCAACGAAAAUUAACUACAGACAAGAUUAUUUCCGAUUGCUACUCAAAAGUAAUAAUUGAUGGAGGAAGAAAAGUCAAUGAUGUUUCGUAUAUAACACAUAUCGGUGUUAUUGAGUAUUCACACUACCCAUCGGCCCCUCCACCUUCCAAUACGAAUUUUGGUACAGUUAAACAUCGUAUACUUGUUUUGUGUAAAAAGAAUUCUGGAAGAAUGCAACUACAAAAGGGGAAGUAUCAAGCUGAUAAGAAUUUCUACCAAAUUGGGAGAACAUGGGAUCUAUCGGAACUACAAUAUAUUAAAAAAGUUGGACCAGAAGGGUUGAUUCUACAAUUAAACAAAGUAUAUUAUUGGAAAUGUGACGAGGAUGCUAAUCGUGUGUGGAAAUUUGCUCGUUACUUAACUCAACAUUAUGGGAUGUUUAUGGGGAAAUACCCUAGGCUUGAAGGGUUUUCGCUUGAUGAUUUCAUGUUACCUACAAUCCCCAAAUCUCCAACAACUACUGUACCUAGAUCACCUUCAUUAAAUGAGCCGAAUCCUGAUCCUCAAUUGUUAAAGUCACGUUCAUUGAAAAGAAAGAACAUGCCGAACCCAGUCUUACCACAACCACCUACUGCACCAGCAACGAAAACCCCACCAAUGCCUUCCAAACCGGAAGAAUUAUACAAAGAUAUGGACUUUACAGUCAAUGGUGCGUUGCCUCAAAAACAAAUGAAGGUGAUACUGCGUGAGUCGAAUGAUAGAGGCUUUGCUAGCAAACUUGACCCUGGCCGAUCCGUUCAUGAACAACAAAAGCCCCAAGGCAGUCACCUGCAACUGGGCUUUAACAGCCCAAGCCAGGAUGGUACUCAUCAAGCACCUCCACCUAAAAAACACAGUCAACAUCCAUAUUUCCAAAGGUCACCAAUGAAUGGAACCGAUUCUUCCAGUGUUGUUAGUAAUGAUUCUCAUAGCUUUGUUUUUGGUUCAAAUGAUGAUAAAAACCAAUCGCGAGAAAGACUGGAUAAUAGCUCAAGGUCUUCCAGACAACAACAAGGAUCCAUAGGAACUGGUUCACAGUCCACAAAUACCAAGGGUCUGCAAACCAAUAGCUAUGCGAGUAAAAAACAAGAAAGGGAAUCUGUUGCGUCUCAAAAAUCUGCAGAAGAUGUUGUCAAGGAAUUUUCAGAAGCGAUCCCACCAAAAAGAAAAAUGGCUGCUUCAGCAACAGUUCCUGAUUUUGGUGUUGAAGAGAUUACCGAUGACAGUGAAGAUGAUCAACGACCUGCUCCUACAUUUAGUAUCCGUAAGCGCCAGCAGCAAAUAAAGGCUCAGGAUAAGAAAAAUGAAGAGACCCAGAAAGUUACAAAUGAACAACCAAUACGCCACCACCAUGAAGAUGCAACUACCAGUUUUGCUGACAAAUCCAGUCAUUAUGACGAGAAAACUUUUGCGUCUCAAAAGGGAUUGGGAAUUUAUCCAGCUGGAUCCGGGUCCUUUAUUGAGGAAUCUACGAAAUUGGAAGGUCAAAACAGUGCUAGUUCUAAUCUUCAAGAUUUACAAGAUUUAUUAUCGUCACAUAUUGAUAGAGCCCAAGAGGAUUCUUUUGAUUUUAAUGAUGUCAGUAACGAAAAGAGUGCUGAUGACUUGAAUGAAAUUCCUGAAAUUCGUGUAGCUGGCCCAUCAAACAAUUUGAAUGGUGACACAAAUAGUUUUGAAGGCGAACCCCUUGAAAAGGGUUUGAAUAUAGUUAGAAAGUCGGAAACACCAGAGAACGAAAAAGUCAACCCAUCGUCUAUCAUUCCAAAAGACCAAAGAGAUGUUGAAGUAGACACAUUAAUUAAUCAGAUUGGGUGGUCGGUCAAAGAUACCACAGAUACUUUGAUGAAAAAGUUGAGUAAGGAAUUGAAUAAUAGUAAACAGGAUAUUGUAUCGAAAUUGGUGUCAAUAGACUUGACCAACAAUUCAGGAAAUGAUAUAGGGUCUGCUUUGAAUGAAGUGGAUAAUAUGACUCAGAUUUUCCAGAAGAUGGAGGUGAGAUUGAAACUUGUACGAAAUGAGCUACAAAGUUCUGCUACUGCUUGA